AUAAUAUAAAAUUAAUAAUAUAUAAAUAAUCGAUGAGAGAGAAAAAAAUAUACGUCGGCAAGUCAUAUUUAUAAUCUGAUUUUUCUUCCAUUCUUUUAUAAUCAUUUCACGUAAAUUAUUGGAAGCUGAUGCUGGAUAAUUUAUGUGUAUACAAUCAAAGAUGGAUUUGGUAACUAGUUGCAAGGAAAAAUUGGUACAUUUUCGGAUAAGAGAGCUGAAAGACAUCCUUACUCAACUAAAUCUUUCCAAGCAAGGAAAGAAGCAGGAUCUCAUUGACCGUAUAUUAGCUGUUCUCUCAGAUGAACGGGUUUCAGGGAUGUGGUCUAAGAAAAAUGUUGUUGGGAAGGAAGAAGUUGCCAAGUUAGUUGAUGGCAUUUACAGGAAAAUGCAGGAUUCGGGGGCAACUGACUUGGCAUCAAAAGGUCGGGGUGUUUCAGAUAGUACUAAUAAUGCAAAACUUAAAGAUGAUAUUGAAGAUAGUCAUCAGGUGGAAAAGAUCCGCUGUCCUUGUGGAAGUUCAUUGAAAGCUGAUUCAACAAUAAAGUGUGAAGAUCCAAGAUGCAACGUGUGGCAGCAUAUUGGCUGUGUUGUUAUCCCGGAGAAACCCAUGGAGGGUAUUAUACCAACACCUCCCCCAAAGUUUUAUUGUGAACUUUGUAGACUUGGUCGUGCAGAUCCGUUCUGGGUUACAGUGGCUCAUCCUUUAUUUCCUGUGAAGUUGGUUAUUGGAAACCCCCCAGCAGACGGUACGAAUCCAAUGCAGAGUGUUGAAAAAACUUUUCAACUUACAAGAGCGGAUAGGGAGUUGUUGGUGAAACCAGAGUAUGACGUGCAGGCUUGGUGUAUGCUUCUGAACGACAAGGUUUCUUUUAGGAUGCAAUGGCCACAAUACGCAGAGCUACAAAUAAACGGCGUACCUAUGCGUGCAAUAAAUAGACCUGGCUCUCAAUUGCUGGGAGCCAACGGCCGUGAUGAUGGUCCUAUUAUCACACCAUGCACUCGAGACGGAAUUAAUAAAAUUUCCGUAACAGGCUGUGAUUCUCGCGUGUUCUGUUUGGGUGUCCGAAUUGUGAAAAGGCGUACAGUUCAACAGAUUCUCAAUCUCAUACCGAAAGAGUCUGAUGGGGAGAGAUUUGAAGAGGCCCUUGCGCGUGUUCGUCGAUGUGUAGGAGGUGGGGAUGCCAAAGAGAACGCAGAUAGUGAUAGCGAUCUGGAGAUCGUGGCUGAUAAUAUAGCGGUUAAUCUACGUUGUCCUAUGAGUGGUUCAAGAAUAAAAAUUGCUGGGCGAUUCAAACCUUGUGCUCACAUGGGUUGUUUUGAUCUUGAAGUAUUUGUGGAAAUGAAUCAACGGUCUCGCAAGUGGCAAUGCCCCAUCUGUCUUAAGAACUACUCUUUGGAGAAUGUCAUUAUUGACCCAUAUUUUACUCGUAUUACAUCCAAAAUGUGUAAUUGUGGGGAGGACAUGACUGAAAUCGAGGUGAAGCCAGAUGGAUCUUGGCGGGCAAAGUCAGAUGUUGACAGAAAGAGUCUUGGAGAUCUCGGGCAGUGGCAUUCACCCGAUGGCACUCUCUGUGUUCCCAUGGGAGUGGAGUCUAAAUCGAAGCCGGAAUCUCUAACACAGGUCAAACAGGAAGCUUUUUCGGAUGGUCAUAAUAAAGGUUUAAAGCUUGGAAUGAAGAAAAAUAAAAACGGAUUUUGGGAAGUUAGGAAACCUGAAAAUCUGCAUUCACUUUCUUCUGGCAACAAGCUACCGGAGAACAUGAUCAGUAAUGGUCAUAAAGCUAUUCCAAUGAGCAGCAGUGCCACUGGUAGUGCUAGGGAUGGUGACGAUACUAGUGUCAAUCAAAUGGGUGGUGGGCAAUUUGACUAUUCUAUCGCCAAUGGGGCUGAGCUUGAUUCACUUUCUCUCAACAUUGAUACAGGCCAUGUAAUUACCACUAAUGGGGAUGCAGAUGUUAUUGUUCUCAGUGAUUCAGAAGAUGAAGCCGAAAACUUAACAUCUAAACAAAUGUAUAAAAACAAAAAUCCAAAUGCUGAAGGUUUUCCAUUUUCUAGUAUUCCACUUGGCAUUUCAGAUCCAUAUCCUGAAGAUCCUUCAUUUGUGGCUGGAGGAAGUUCAUGCCUUGGUCUUUUUAACACCGCUGAUGUUGAUUUUGGGGUUCCUUUUUGGUCCUUACCUUCUAGUAAUAAUGUUGGGCCCAGUCUUCAGUUAUUUGGUUCAGAUGUGGGACCCACAGAUGCGUUUGUCGACAUGCAUCAAGCCCCUCUUAGUAUUCCCUCAUCAAUGGGUGGCAGCUACUCAUUGGAUGCUGAAACUUCUAUGGGUUCUGCAGCACUUGUCUCCGAAUUUUCGCUUCACCCAUCAGUGAACGGUGAUAUAGGCAUUGGGUUGGUUGAUAAUCCUUUGGCUUUUGGAGGUGAUGAUCCCUCACUGCAAUUAUUUCUUCCCACAAGACCUUUGGAAGAUACAAACCCCACUGAGUUGCCAGAUCAGCCAGCUAUGUCAAAUGGUUUUCGCAAUGAUGAUUGGAUAUCCCUCAGCCUAGGUGGCGGCUGUGGCAGUGGCAGUGGGGUCCAUUGUGAACCUGACGCUGCCACUGUACCUGCCAUUGAUUUAAAUCCAAAACAGCAACCUUCUUCCAAGGGUGGUGCGUUGGACUCGUUAGCAGAUACUGCUUCUUUGCUUCUUGGGAUGGGCGAUAGUAUAACUGGUAAGAUAAGUAGGAAAGGAUCUGACAGCCCUUUCUCAUUUCCUCGGCAAAAACGUUCUGUCAGACCACGAUUGUAUCUAUCUAUUGAAUCAGAUUCUGGAGAAGAGAGAUAAGCAUCGUGUUUUAAAUUAGCCCAUUCGUUGCACAUGUUGUCUGUAUACCGUUGACCAGCAUCUUGGCGUCAAGAAAGGUUAAAAAAUGUGUCGGGUUGCCAUUUCAAACUCUCGUUGGUCUGGUGAGCUUGGAUUUUAAUUUAACCAGCUUUUAACAUUUGGAAUACAUGGCUUAUAUCUGAUGGUUUGCCCAAAAAACCCUCGUAUAGAUUCUUCUUUUUCUAUAUACUGAAUUGUAACAUUCUAAUAGGCUUUUAGUACUGUAGAGUUUAGAUACCUUCUUCAUAGAACAGGUUCCCUUAUAAUAUUUUAUAGUGAGAGAAAAUUGCUUGUAAAUGUCUUCAACUAAAGACAUCCUGUUAUUUAACAGAAAUGUAGCCUUUUUACCACAUAAAUUGUUUUAAGUUGACUUAUGGCCUUAUGAUUCUGCCUAUCUUGUCAGCACAGGACAUGAAGCCAAUUAUCCAGUAAAUGCUAUUCCUUCAACCUCUACCUUGCCCACACUCUCAUUCAUCCUGGAUUUUGAACUUGGAAUUAGUGAUCUUCGCCACUAUCUAUCAGUUGUACAGAUUUUUGGUGUUUAUAGAUUAUUGUUGCAGUUAGUGACAAAACGUGUCAGAGGUGGUUUAGAAAUUGUUCUUCGAUGAUACAUAUUGGCUUUAGGUAAAUAAGAUGGCUGGACAAGUUAUGGGCAUGGGUUUGUGGUCUUCUUCUAUUGAGUAUUGUUGAUGGAGAAGAUCAAGUGGUCUUCAGUCAGAAUUUAUCCAAGGUUUUGCAUCACGCCUCCAAAUGUGCAAAAGAAACCAUUGGUUUUGGACCCACUCAAUGGGAGAUGAUAAACUCCAAAGAAACCCACCCCACUCUUAAAUGUUCCAUUGUUUGGUGGCUUGCUGUAAAAAUACUUGUUGGAUUUGGACAUGAAAAUUCCCUGCUUCUAAUCAGCGGAUGGCGAAGAUGACUGCAAAAGAUGAAAUGAAGACUAGGAUGGUAGUGUGAUGUAUCAACGGUUAAUCAUGUACAUGUGUGAAACUUGUUCUUGAAAAAUGAUAAGCAAUAGAAGGGGAUGAAAUGAGACCUGGGAUAGUAGUGAUAUAUAACAUUUAAUCUUCUACCUGUGUGAAAA